CUUAAGAAUUAAUCAGCAAAGGCUUGCCCCUGCCGAUGCUGGUUCAUGACUGGCAGAAAAAAAAGAAAAGAAAAAAAAGCCACUAAACGCGUCUCAACGCGGGGUUGUAGACAAGAGUCGGAUUAAGAUAAGGAUACGUAUCGCCUAGGUACCUCCAAUCUAAUUCACAUGCACUAUAAACCUGAUAUGCCUAAGUGUAAGUUAAACUUUUAUCUACUCAGAUUCAACUUUGUUAACUUACAUUUUAUAUUAAAUAAUCCUGCUUUGAAGCUUUUGUAUUUUGAGGGUUUGUCUAAGCUGAAUACCUAUAUUACUUCGUUCCUAUUAAGUGCUUGCAGGAUUUUCGUCAUACCCAAUCCCUGUUCAUAACGCGCAUUGCUUAACUCUCUAUGUAGUACGUAUCUAUGUAUUUCAUUCCAAUAAGAGCAUUAGGCAGGUUCAGACUCAUCGAAAACUGCCUUAUUCAUUGUAAAAAUCUCAUCAUAUUCAGGGAAGUUCAAUU